AUGACACACUCUGACAGACGGCCGGAGCUUUUCGCGGCUGCUCUGAUACCCUAUACCGCAGCAGCAGUUGCGCUAGUAUUGCGAAAUGUUGCUCGACGAAAGACCAGAGUGACUAUGCUAUGGGAAGACUACUUAGCUAUCGUGGCCUUCGCCAUAGGAUCUGGAUUCACGUUCAUCAGCCUCUUCAAAACACGAUGGGGAUUUGGCCUUCCAAUGAGAGAUAUCGACCUCCCUGAGGAACAGAUUGUACAUCAUUACUUCGUAGACCUCUGGGCAGAUAUGUGGAUGUACACCUUUUCCGUUGGCCUCAGCAAAUUCGUAAUUCUCGGUUUCUAUUGGCGCAUGUUCUCCAUGUCCACGAUACGACAGCCGAUACGAAUUCUGUUCGCAUGCUCAGCGGGCUGGAUCAUCGUGAGGGUUACGCUUAUCUGUAUGCAAUGCUCCCCAAUACGCAAAUUCUGGGAUGCAGAAGUGCCUGGCAAAUGCCCACUGACGCCUAUGAUGUCGCUUUUCGGCGCGGGAAUACCGCACUUCAUCAUCGAAAUCGCAAUCCUGUUAUGCCCUCUCCUUGAAAUAUGGAAGCUGCACCUACCACUCAAGCGUAAGCUUGCAGUCGCGGUCAUGUUCGCAUCGGGUAUUCUAGUUUGCGGCUCGGCUCUAAUGACGAUAGUCCACACCUUCGCGCUCGAGAAGAGAGCAGACAAAGACCUCACAUGGGAUGGUAUCGAGGACCAGAUAUGGGCUGUCUGCGACGUGAAUCUUGCGUCGUUAGCGACAUCCCUACCACUCCUUCGCCCCGUUUUUCGCUCGUUCGGCGGUUUUCUCAGCACCAUAAAGGCUACAAACACACCCACUCAAAACUUCAAAGGCACUGGCUCCGCUCCGACCUAUGGAAGUGCUCCCUCGAAUCGCAGGAGCAAUCCCGACUCGGACUCGGAAUUUGGGUUUGCCGAAGAAGGCGUUCUUAUGGCUAGCAACGACGUCGCAGGCUCGAGCAAGGCUUUUGUAAUGCACGAUAUAACGCCCAGAGACUCCGAUAUCGAACGGCGGGAACAAAAGGGAAUCCAUGUCCAAAACGAGACGAAAAUCGUUUAUCACGACGCAUAG